AGAAAGGCGGGCGCCAUUCCUGCUCCCCCGUGAAAGGCUGGGCCAUUCUCAGUGAAUUCUUUCUCUGGACUUUCCUAGGUGGAAACGCAGGGAUCGGGAAAGCCACCGCAGUGGACCUGGCCCGCAGAGGAGCCCGGGUCAUUCUGGCAUGCCGCAACAAAGCAAAAGGAGAAUCAGCUGUGCACGACAUCAGACGGGAAAGUGGGAACAAUGAGGUUGUCUUCAUGAUCUUGGACCUGGCCAACCUGGACUCCGUGCGAGCUUUUGCAGAGACGUUCUUGAGAUCCGAGCCCCGUCUGGACAUUCUCAUCAACAAUGCAGGUGUCACUGACAAUAGUAAAACUGAGGAUGGCUUCAACCAAGCAUUCCAGGUCAACCACUUAGCUCACUUCCUCCUGACCCACCUUCUCUUGGACCGGCUGAAGCGCUGUGCCCCUAGCCGGAUCAUAGUAGUGUCCUCUGAAUCGCAUCAGAUAGGGAAGAUAGACUUUCAGAACAUCCACAAGCCGACCGAGGGGAAAUGGAAGGCAUUUAAAUCAUACUCUAACAGCAAAUUAGCCAAUAUUCUGCAUGUCCGAGAGUUGGCCAACCGGCUGGAAGGAUCCAACGUUACCUCCUAUGCAGUUCAUCCAGGAUUCAUUAAGACCAACAUCGUUUGCUCCUUUAUGGGGUGGUUCCAGGUGUCAUUCCUGUUCCUCAAGCCCUUCCUGCAAGACUGUAACGAAGGAGCUCAGACCACGAUCUACUGUGCCACUGAGGAAGGCAUUGAAAUGCUCAGCGGGCGGUAUUUUGCAAGAUGCCAACAGAAGGAGCCCUGGCCGCAGGCCCGCGAUGACGUCUUGGCCAAGAAGCUCUGGGAAUUCAGCGAGAGGCUGCUGGGACUAACUGCUUAGACGGGGCUCAUCUCCAGGGAGGAGCGCAGGGGGCCUUGGCGGUAACUGAAAGAGGGCUUCAGAUUAAACUAUGAGAUCAAACUGAAGGGAAUCAGAAAACCACCUAGGGGUUGUGGUGUAUCCGAUACAAGCGUUUAAUUCCUGAGAAGUUUAAAAGCUGGAAACCGUCUAAGAGUUUGUUGUUGUGAGCUGCCCAGAGUUGUGUUUUAAGAUGGGCGGCCAUACAAAUCUUUUAAAUAAACAAACGCCAUCAAGCUCUUGGUCUCUCUUUUCUCCACCCCUGGCCAUUUUUCUGGACUUUCAAUGAUCUGUAUGAAAAGGGCCCCUCCUUCCUAUUCCCAGGCUGGGACCAGGAAAAGGGGUGGAAAGAGAAUUUCCAAAAAUAGCAUCCUUUUC